AUGAAGGAGGUGACGAUCGGGGGCUUGCUGGUGCUGGCGUCGGUGGCCACGACGUUUGUGUACGAGUCUGCACUUGUGCGAAGUGUCAAGAGCUUCGAGGAAGGCAGAUCCGUUGUGGUUUCGCUGGCCAAUCCGCAAGGUUUGGCGAAAAAUGAGGAUCAACUCAUUCAUUUUUCGGGUUUGAUCACCACCACAGCUUCAAAUGGUAUGUCUCGAUGGAAUAAAAUUGAUACAGACGGACUGCCGCUCCGACAAAGCCCUUUUGUGUUGGAUCCAGUAUUCGGUAUUGCAGCGAAGGGCGUGAGACUGCAUCGCCAUGUGGAAAUGCUGCAAUGGGUGGAGACAUCGCACACGUCGACGAGUAGCACACCUGAAGAUGAGGACCGCCGGUUUGACGAUGAUCGCGAGCGAAUUUACAUGUACGACCUGAGGUGGAGAAAAGAGGAGAUUGAUAGCAGUGCGUUCAAUGAUAUUAGCUACCGGAACCCUCCGUCGGAAGCUUGGGUAUACAAGUCGCGGGUGGUCAACGCGAAAGACCUCGUGGUGGGGGAGUUUUCGCUGCCCGACGAUCUGGUGGAUCAGAUUCAACGUCGAGAUGGUGUGCACUUGGAUACUGCGAGUCGUCGGGUGAUGGCGAACUUACUGGAUCAACGACUAGGAGGAGCAUGGGAAGCCGGGAGUGCGCUUGCUAAUGUCACAAUGGAGGAUAACAUUUUCUACUUUCGGAACGAGAUGAGAGAACCGGUUCUUGGAGACCUACGUGUGUUUUUCGAAGUGACACCCAACUACCCCGUGACAGUGUGUGCGAAGCAGAAUGGGAAUGAGUUAAUGCCAUUCAGGAGUUCCACUGGGGAAUCGAUUUUUCUGUUGGAAGACGGCAUCAUGACUGCGGACGAGCUCUUUGACAAGAAGACGCAUGCAGAGGUGCGCAAAAACCGCUUCUUCCGGCUGUUCGCGGCUGUGCUGGGCUUCAUGGGUUUUCUAGUUCUGCGCAAGCCCCUGAUCGAGCGCUUUGGACCGCUCGCGGCUGGUAUUCAGCAGCAUUUGCUGGCAGCCACUAUGAGCGUUGCACUUACGUUCUCAAUUGUUGGACUUAACUGGGUUCUGUACAGACCACUUUGGGCGCUCGUGCUGUGGUUCGGUGGCUGGGCCCCUCCGCUUGGCCUCUUUUUCUUCUUCCGCUCCAAGCACGACUUAAAAAAUCAAUGA